AUGUUGCAUCCGAAACUGGGUCGCGUGAUGAACUUGGUCUACUACCAUUCCGUAUUCUUUGCCCUGAUGGGCACUACUUUAAGGAUACGCUCCUACAGGAAAACCAUUCGCCUGGAGAAGGUUUCGCGAACUUACCUGAUAUACAGCUAUAUCGUGGGAAUCUUUCUGUUUUUGAACAUGUACUACAUGAUACCUCAGGCUUUGAUGGAUGGCUAUAUAAGAUACAACAUAGUCCUGCAGUGGAACUUCUUUGCGAUGCUAAUUCUGCGAUUCUUGGCCAUUCUCGGGUGCUACGGAACCAUGUGGAUGAAACGGCAGGAAAUAAUUCAGCUCUAUAUGAACUCGCUGAAUUAUUGGAAGCGGUUCAGCAAGAUAAUGGGUACCAUAGUGAAUAGGCAUGACAUCAAGGAACUGCAGGAAUCCCUGACUAGGAUAAUGGUCCAAGAAAUACUGGUGCUCUAUGGUGGUUUUAUGUUCUCCUCCCUGAUACAAUAUCAACUACUGAGUGUGAUUAACAAGCACAGUUUACUGGCUUUAAGUGCCAGGCUCACGCACUUCCUGCACUUUAUCGCCGUUAAAAUGGGCUUCUAUGGAUUGCUUAUCCUGCUGAAUCAUCAGUUCAUGGUAAUUCAUCUGGCAUUGAACGCUCUUCACGGGAAAAAAGCUGGAAAGAAAUGGAAAACUUUGCGCUCCAUAGCCUCCAUGCACUUGGAAACCCUUCGGUUGGCCAGAAAGAUCUUUGGAUUCUACGAUGUCAUCAAUGCCACUGUCUUUAUCAAUAUGUUUAUGUCCACCUUGAAUAUCCUAUAUCAUGCUGUUCAGUACAGUAAUCGAACAAUCAAGUCCGAUGGCUGGGGCAUGUUAUUUGGCAAUGGAUUGAUUGUCUGUAACAUCUGGGGAACUCUGAAGCUGUUGGAAAUGCUGGAUAAGGUUGUGACCUCUUGUAAUAAUACCGGCCAAGCACUCAAGCAAUUUAGCGACCUGCCAAAUGGUGACAAAAAGCUACAAAGGGAGUUGGAGAUUUUUACCAUGCAACUGAGACGAAACCACUUGGUCUAUAAAAUCUGCGGACUCGUAGAGCUAGACAAACCCGCUGGCCUUAGUUAUAUAGGCUCCAUCCUGAGCAACGUCAUUAUCCUUAUGCAAUUCGAUUUGAGACGUCAAGAACAUCCUAACAAAACUCAGUACGUGGCACUUUUGAUCAAGGGCAAAUCGGCAGAGUGA